AUGACUAUUACAAAUAAUAUAGAAUCUUUGCUUUUUGAUUCAUAUACUUAUAUAUAUAGUAAAGAUGUAAAUCAUAUACCUCCAAGUCACAGUAAUAAACCCGUGACUAUGUUAAAUAAUAUUUUAGAACCUUUACUUUUUAAUUUAUAUACUUAUACAUAUGGUGAAGGAGAUGCUCAUAAACAACCAGAUGAUGAUGAAUUUGAUAGUGCUAAAGAAACUGAUGAUUUUACAAUUAAAUAUGGUGCUGAAUUUCCUAAGUGUGAUAAUACUAGUGUUAUAAUUCAACAAUACGUCAUUUGUGAAAAUUCUAAAGAGCAUCAAUUUAAAAAAAAGAUUGUUAGUGAAGACCAAAGGGAUAGGGAAUCCAAAAAGUAUCAAUAUUGCAAUAGUUGUAGUAUAGCAGAGCUAGAGCACUGUUGGGAAAAGCUAUUAAAUCAAUAUCUCACAGCCAAUAAUUAUUUGAAUCAACUUUGGAAAUCUCAACAAUCAUGGGCCAAGAUCUAUAUAUUUACAUCCUUUUGUGCUAAGUAUAAAAAUGCUUUACCUACCUGGGGACUUCCUAGUAUUCAAAGUGUCUUUUUUGAACUUGUUCAAAAUGCAAUUAAGAAAUAUUUGAUAUUAGAAUCUGCUUCAAUGCAAAAUGCUCAAAUAUUACAAAGUUUUUCUAGUACUCAUGAAUAUGCAGAAAGAUACUUUAAAUAUAAAUACAAUGCAUUGCAAGCUUCACUUAAAAAUAUUAUUAAUAUGCAAGAAUAUGCUUAUAGAUUUGACAUAGCAAAAAGUGGAUUAAAAUUCACUCUUGAAAAUAGAUUAAUUAAUAAAUUUGAAGGACUAAUAGUAAAGUUUAUUGAAAAUUAUAGUGGAGUUGCCACUAAUAAGCAUGUAAUAGUCGACAUUACUCUGAUUGAAAAUCCCAAAAAAUUGAAGCACAAAGGGUGUCCAAAGUUGUUUAAUUCUAUACAAAGUAUACUUCAAGAUUUAAAUACAAACCAAAAUUUAAAUUCAAAGCAGAAUAAAUCGAGAAGAAUAAUAAAAACAGAUGCUAAAA